UCACAGCUCGAAAUUUGUGCAGACCAGCCAAUCGACCUACUCAAGAUGGUGAAGAGAAAGGCAGAGAAUCAGGCACGGUCUGACAGCAAGAAGUCGGCCAAGAACCUGAAGAAAUCGAAGAACACUCUCUCCCCGGAAGACACCAAGGCCCGUUUUCGCAAGGGGCUCUUCGACCAGUCCGUCCUUAACGAGUACACGCAGGAGUAUGCUUCCUCGACCCCUUACAAGCACGCCGUUAUCAACGAGCUAGUCGACGACUCCCUCCUCCGCAAGGUCCGCGACGAAAUCAAGGACAAUGUCUCUUUCACUCCCAAGGAGACCGACAUCUACAAGAUCCACCAAAGCGGUGACCUCGCAAAUCUCGACGGUCUCGACGACGAUGCCCUGUCCAAGCUGCCCUCUCUUCUCGCCCUUCGCGACGCUCUCUACUCGGAGACCUUCCGCAACUAUGUUUCCCACAUCACCGACUGCGGUCCCUUGAGUGGACGUAAGACGGAUAUGGCCAUCAAUGUCUAUACCCCGGGCUGCUACCUGUUGUGCCACGACGACGUCAUUGGUUCCCGCAAGGUCAGCUACAUCCUCUACUUGACGGAUCCCGAUACCCCUUGGAAACCCGAGUGGGGUGGUGCCUUGCGUCUCUUCCCCGUCGAGGACCGUGAGGGCAAGGACGGCGAGAUUGCCAAGACACCGCUCCCAGACCCGGUCAAGGUUAUCCCACCGGCAUGGAAUCAGUUGUCCUUCUUUGCUGUCCAACCCGGAGAAUCUUUCCACGACGUCGAGGAGGUAUACCAUGCUUCCAAGGAGGAGCUGGAAAAGCAGGGUGGCCGCAUCCGUAUGGCUAUCAGCGGAUGGUUUCAUAUCCCUCAAAUCGGCGAGGAUGGCUAUGUCGAGGGCGCAGAGGAAAAGGCUGCCCACAAGAGUGGUUUGAUGCAACUGCAGGGCAACCCAGAUCAGUACGACCGCCCAGUUGCGAAGCCCGUGCAGGUGGAGAAGGAGUCGAGCAACGAGGAUGAAGAAAACACGUUCGACGAAGCCGACUUGGAGUUUCUCUUAAAGUACCUCGCCCCUACCUACUUGACCCCCGACACGAUCGAAAACAUUGCCGACCAAUUCGAGGAGCAGUUCAGCAUCACCUUAUCCGACAUUUUGCAUCCUAAGUUUGCUGCCAAGAUCAAGGAAUAUGUCGAGGCCCAGGAGGCCAAGAAACUUCCUGAGGGUAGCGAGGAGAUCGAGAAGUCUGGUGCUUGGAAGGUGGCUCGCCCGCCCCACAAGCACCGCUUCUUGUAUCUGCAGCCAGGCGAGGGAAAUGCCCCCGACUCGCCCAUCAAGGAGUUGCUGGAUGUUCUGCUGCCAUCCAGGCAGUUCCGUCUGUGGUUGCAGAUGGCAACAAGGUCCACUAUUGAAGGCCAUGAUCUCCUUGCUAGGCGGUUCCGUCAUGGUAAGGAUUAUACUCUUGCCACCGGGCAUGAUGGCAAAGCUCGUCUGGAGCUCAACAUCGGCCUAACACCUACCGAUGGAUGGGGUGAUGUCGAGGAUGAGGAUGAGGACGAAGAGGAGGAGGAAGAGUCGGAAGAGGAGGAGGCUAAGGGCAAGGGCAAGGGCAAGGGUAAAGCCACCUCUAACGGCAGCUCUAAGGGCAAGGGCAAGGCUGUUGAUAAGAAUGAAAAGGCCGAGGAGGAAACAGUGGAAGUCGGCGGCCACGAAGUGUAUAUGGCCGGUGACGAUGACGAGGACGAGGAUGCGGCCAUCUACAAGAGCAGCGAGGACGACGACAACAUUCUCUUCUUCCAGGCGGCUGCUUGGAACAAGAUGACACUGGUGCUCCGUGAUAGCGGGACACUGCGCUUCGUCAAGUAUGUUAGCCGCACUGCUAAGGGUGACCGAUGGGACGUUAGCGGCAGUUACGAGAUUGAGGAACAGGAUGAGGACCCCGAUGCGGAGGAGUUGGCUGCAGGAGCUGAGGACGACGAGGCAGGCUCGGAAGACGAUGAGUUCAACGGCUUCUCGGAUGAUCCGGAUGGCACCGGUUCCGAUUAGAUGUCAGCACCUAAAAGUACAUGUAAGAUAUGAAAGAUACCCGGCAAUACAAGGUGACAUAAGACAAUUGUGGC